CCACCCAGCUGCUGCCUGGGCAGUCUCCCAGCCUGGGCCUCAUCCACAGCCAGCUUCUCUGGGAUCAUAGGCCUGCCCAGCGGCAGCUUCUUUGGGUCCUCUCUGAACCCGCAUCGCUUACCUGAACCUCAGGUUUUCUUUAGGGACCUGGGCCUCUUUUGUCCUAGACCUUCAGCUCCUCAGCAAACGGUCUCUACAGGUCCUGCCCUCCCUCUCGGGCCUCUCUUGCCUCACUAGGCCAUUUCACCCUUUGUUCUGCUGCUCAUCCCACGCAUGGAGAACCCAGGACUGGUUGUGCAUGGGCAGGCUGCUUCCUUUUCCACAGCACUCCGAAGUCUUGUCAACAACCCCCGGUACAGCGAUGUUUGCUUUGUGGUUGGUCAAGAACGGCAAGAGGUGUUUGCCCACCGGUGCUUGUUGGCCUGUAGAUGCAACUUCUUCCAGAGACUUCUGGGGACAGAGACGGGCCCUGGGGUACCUAGUCCUGUGGUGCUAAGCACGGUGCCGACCGAGGCCUUCUUAGCUGUGCUGGAGUUCCUGUAUGCCAACAGCGUCACGCUGCACCGCUACUCAGUGCUGGAGGUGCUGACAGCAGCUGUGGAGUAUGGGCUGGAGGAACUUCGAGAGUUAUGCCUGGAGUUUGUGAUGAAGGUUCUGGAUGUGGAGCUGGUUUGUGAGGCCCUGCAGGUGGCUGUAACCUUUGGCCUGGGGCCGCUGCAGGAGCGGUGCAUAGCCUUCAUAGAGGCUCACAGCCAGGAGGUUCUACAAACCCGCGGCUUCCUGGAGCUAUCGGCCACUGCGCUGCUGCCCGUGCUACGCAGUGACAAGCUCUGUGUGGACGAGGCUGAGCUGGUCAAGGCAGCCCGAAACUGGGCGCGCGUGGGCGCCGUGAGUGGGACCCGGGGGAGGCGAGGGCGAAGCGGCGAAGGCCGCAGGAACUCGGCAAGCGGACGGCAGGGCACAGGCCGCCGCUCCGCCGGGGCUCAAGGUUUACUUCCACAGGCGGUGUUGGAGCGACCGGUGGCCGAGGUGGCGGCUCCAGUGGUUCGAGAGCUGAGACUAGCCUUGCUGGCCCCGGCGGAGCUGAGCGCCUUGGAAGAGCAGAACCGACAGGAGCCGCUCAUCCCGGUGGAGCAAAUUGUGGAGGCGUGGAAGUGCCAUGCCCUACGGAGAGGAGAUGCGGCCCCGGGCGCACCGUGCAGGCGGCGAAGGGGAACCCUGCCCCGGGAUCACCACCGUUUUCUGGACCUUCGUUUCAAAUGAUCCACUUCCGGAACUUGGGAGGCAUCUGAUCUGAUCACACUCCAAACUACAGCUCCCGAGGUGCCCUGCGCCCGAGGCGGGCUUCCGCCCCCAGCAAGCCCUGCGAGCCGGAGGCCGGAAGGACCAUGUAGGGGCGGGCCAGUGCCAGUGGACCCAAGUUGGAGUCGUGUCACGGGCUCGGGCGACGCCCCGAGGCCGGAAGCGAGGGUGGCAUGUGUUCCGUGAGCUCACACCGCAUCUUGCUGCCGGUCACUCCUCAGUCCCUCUAUUCGGUUGACGCUCUUAUCUAUGCAGCGCAUCCUCCUUAACAACAAAUCAGCUUCCUGGCUCCAGGCUCAGCGCGGAGCUUCUCAUCUUCUCCUCUCUCCCAGUCCCGUAAAUACUGUUUCUCAUUUCUGCGGGUCAGGAACCAGGAUCUCUUCUUGCUUACCUCAUGCCCUUUCUCCCUUCCAAUAGUACUUUCGAGUUGGUUUAGUCUGCAGCCUAUCUUCUGUCACUUUUGGGGAUCUUUUCUGUCAUUACCCCUCCAGUGCCCUCUCACUCCUUCUCCCCACCCCCAAUGCUCAUUGCAUCCCUGUUCCAUCGUUGUGAUUGUCACGCCCUUCCCUGGGUCCUUCAGCAUUCCAGGAUCUAAAGUUUCUAGAUAUUUAGCGGUUCUUAACAUUGAGUUUGGGAGUUCCAGAAUUAAUUUUUGGGGGGGGGGGUUAGGAGGUGGGUAAUCUCUCACUGAGUAAUCCCAGCUGGCCUAGAACUCAUUUUGUAGGCCAGGCUAGCCUUGAACUCACAGAGCUCUGACUGCCUGUGCCUCCCUGGUACAGCGAUUAAAGACAUCGUGUACUAUUCCAGCUAAAUUAAAAAAAAAAACAACAAAAAA